AUGCUGACAAUACAGAGACACCUGCUGAAGACUCUCAAAGCAAAGGGUCCAGUGGAAGCUGCUGCCUAUACCAACUACCUGAUAGGGCUGUCUGACAGAGUGGACGAAGUCUCCACGCCCACCACCCAGCUGGCCCUGCCCAGCCUGACAGGUGAGGAUGACCCAGAAGCCUUCCUCCGCCUUUUUGAGCGGGCCGCACUCUCUGCCCACCUGCCCAAGUCGCAGUGGGCAUCCACCCUGGCCUCCCUGCUGGCAGGGGAUGCAAAACUCGCCUACGACGAUGUGAGCGGGGGUGCGGAUGGUCCACUGUCAUUCCAGACCCUGAAGGGGGCACUGCUGGGCAGGGCCGGUGUGGCAGAGGAGAACUGCCGGGUCAGGUUCCGCUCACAGCAGCACCGCGUUCCUGGGCUGAGCCCCCGGGCCGCAGCCUGGGAGCUGCAGCAGGAGGCCACUGGAUGGCUGAAGCCCCACAGUCGCUCGGGGUGGGAGGUGAUGCAGUGCGUGGUGAUGGAGCAGCUGACCUCUUUGCUGCCUGAGGUCACUGCCAACUGGAUCCGGGCUAGAAGACCCAGCAACCUGGAGGAAGCCGUGAAGCUGGCGGAGACUCACUUGUCCCUCUCUGCACAUCCCUGCAAAGCGAAGGGCAGCAGUGAGAUGCCACACAUUACUUUUGAGACAGCCCGUGCUUCCCCUGAAGGAAACUGCCCCUCUUUACCACAACGGAUGACCGGUGAGGUAGUCAGUCCCACCAAUCUCCAAGAAUGCUCUCUGAAGUGUGAUGCUGAGUCUUCUGCACUGAAUAGACAGCCAGAGGUUCAGUUACUCAAAGCAAAGGAGACCUCAGAGGUGCAGACAGAGGCAUGGAACACCCAAGGCACAAUUCAACUAGAUGUCCAGUCUCCCUCAGCAGUUGAAAAAGAUGUGGGCACCACCCCAGUGACACCCCACCACCGGCACUCUCCAUUAUCCUCUUCCACUCCAGUGGCAGAGGAGCCACAGGACAAACAGAGCUGCCACAGUUUUGAGUCGGAGACCAUGGACACCGGAGAUGAGUACCAGCUGUCCCAAAGUGAUUCUAGCUGCAAUACCACACUAGAACAGUGGGGGCAGCAGAGGCCGGAACGGGGCCCCGGAGGUGAGGGGGGCUACGUCUGCGGCAAGUGCGGGAAGAGCUUCGUCUUCUUCGAGCAGCUGCACCGGCAUCAGCGCAGCCACAGCGAUCAGCUGCCCUUCUUGUGCGGGGAGUGCGGCCACUCCUGCCGCACGAGCGCGGCCCUGAAGAAACACCGCGCGGCGCAUGCCGCCACCAGGCUCCUCCCGUGCCCCGACUGCAGCGAGAGCUUCACCUACGCCGAGCGUUUGGUCCACCACCGCACGGUGCAUGCUGCCCUCAGACCCCACUGCUGUCCCGUGUGUCAGAAGAGCUUCCGGCUCAAGAAGGUGCUCAAGAAGCACGAGCAGAUCCACCAGGACAGUGAGAGGAGGUCGGCCGGGCUGCACAAACCAGCCAAUCCGGGAAACAAGCCCUCAGCGCUCGGUGACAACCAUCCUCACAGCUGCAGCUGUUAACAUUGAUUCUGGAAUGGACAGGA